UCGUUCAGGCAACAACAGUAGCUGCUGUCCACACGUGCUCACUACAGGAAUAGAAAUAGUACAAAACAUGGCAUUCACUUUCAACUUCGAUAUACCUUUACAAACAGAAGAAACAAAUGAUAAAGAAAACAAAGACGGCAACGGCAAAGAUGUGGAUCUUAAAUGUUCGGACACCAGUGCAACCGAACAAACGAAGACGAAGAAUGCUAUUGAGCACGAACCUUUGUUGGAUCCUCUCUCCCACAUUGAGAACUGGGUGCCUGAGACCAUCACAGUAGGUGCCCUGCCUCCCCUGCUCUGUCUCAAUGAAUCAGUGUUUGAGAAGACCGCUCAUGAACGAGAGGACAGUGAGGAGAUACUGGCCAAAACACUGAAUCAAAACUCUGACCUCAUCACUGGAGUGUAUGAGGGUGGACUUAAGAUAUGGGAAUGCACGUAUGAUCUUCUUGAGUACAUUGAUGAUGAAGGAGAGACCUUCACUGGAAAAAGGGUGUUAGACUUGGGCUGUGGAGCAGGUCUACUUGGUAUUCUUGCAUUGAAGAGAGGAGCCAUCAAAGUUGACUUCCAGGAUUAUAACAGCACAGUGAUAGAGCAGUUAACAGUGCCAAAUGUGUUUCUCAACUGUGAAGAUGAUGAUGAUGAUGAUGAUGAUGAGGAGACAGGGGAGAAAAAUAGCAGUCCACCAUCUAAGAGGAAAGCCCUGAAUACAUCACAUAAAUUACUAGAUCAUUGUGGUUUCUUCUCGGGCGACUGGAACUCUUUUCUCACACUUAUGCAAAACAAACCCUCAUCUCCAAAAUAUGACAUUAUCUUCACAUCAGAAACCAUAUACAACAGAGACUACUACUCUUCUCUUCAUAGUGUGUUUUGUGGCCUGCUUGCUGAGAAUGGAAUUGUUUAUUUGGCAACUAAGUCUCACUAUUUUGGAGUAGGUGGUGGACUUCAUCUGUUUAAGAAGUUUGUGGAGCAGAAUGAAGUCUUUCAAAUCAAAUAUUUGAAGGAUGUGGAACAAGGCCUGAAGAGACAUGUUGUAUCAUUGACAUUUAAAAAGUGACAUUGAAAUUGUAUUGAUAGGUGUUACAUGUGGACAUUAACACUUAUCUAUUAUGGACACCCACCCUUUUCAGGCCAAAUGCAUCGACUAUGGGAGUCUAAAUUGUGUUUGGCAUACAUAACUUAAGGUAAAAUAGAACUGAAACUUUCAAAGUUUGUUGAAACACUGAUGAUUUGUUAUGUCAUUACAAAUCAAUCUGCAAUAUAAGUUCACAUUUAUUGGUUCAUACAGUGCUGCAAAACCACCAUCAAAUAAACAAUGACUUGCAUAAGUUUACAUGUACCAAGCAGGCCGACAGACGAAACAGUCAUUAGGUUCAGUCUCAACACUG